GUUGUCGUAUGCGUCAUAAUCCCCAAAGAGGCGAGACUCGCCGACUUCGCGCCCAAGGUUGGCGCCAAGGCAUCGCUUCCGGGGGCUCUGUGAUUGGCGCUUGGCGGGCUGGGCAGUCUGCUCGGCCUUGGGUGUCUAUAUUCCAUGCCAAGACUGCUUCCCAGGUCCGGCGAUAGAGGAAGCAACUUAUAAGAAGGAGGAAUUCCCCGGGAUCAUGUCGAGGAGAGAGAGUUUAGAAUUUGGAAAUAAGAAGCAGAAUCAAGAUCUAGACCAGUUCAGAUCAGAUCAAUCUAAUGCUUUGCCUCAAGUGUAUGGACUCUCAUUCCAUAGAGGAUACAAUCUACAUGACAC